UCUCUCACAUUUUGCUCUCCAUUGCAGUGGAAGAUCGAUGACAAACCAGUGAAGAUUGACAAAUGGGAUGGCUCAGCUGUGAAAAAUUCUUUGGAUGACUCUGCCAAAAAGGUCCUCCUGGAGAAGUACAAAUAUGUGGAAAACUUCCGCCUGAUCGAUGGGCGCCUCAUCAUCUGCACCAUCUCGUGUCUCUUCGCCAUCGUCGCUUUGAUCUGGGAUUACCUGCACCCUUUCCCUGAAUCCAAACCUGUCCUCGCCUUCUGUGUCGUCUCGUAUUUUGUGAUGAUGGGAAUCCUGACCAUCUAUACCUCCUACAAAGAGAAGAGCAUCUUCCUGGUGGCUCACAGGAAGGACCCAGCUGGGAUGGACCCUGAUGACGUGUGGCAGCUCUCCUCCAGCCUCAAACGGUACCAUGAGCACCGCCUGUGGUUAUCACAGGGCAGGAAAGCUGGGUUUUGGUCAAAUUCCACCAAAAUGAGGGAAAAGGAGUGGUGUUUUUUGUGCAGAUCCCACACUCAUUGACUCUGUAGGAUGCAA